GGUAAAAUAUUACGUUUUAGCGGUAUACAACACAUAUUGAACACCCUUUGUCGGGAAUUUUUUUUACUUCAUUCAAAUUUGAACACCUUUGGAAAAAAAUUUAGGUUCGCCACUGCCCUCGGUGCUCCGUUGACUAAGUUUUAUGAUGAUAGGAGAAAAGGAAUACUAUGAAAAACAGUUUGAGACUUUGAAGUCAUUUGAGGAAGUUGAUUCUGCAGUUGCUUCUGAUUGCAUUGAUGAAGAGGAUCUCGAAGAACAAGCUCAACAUGAGAGAGCAAUGAGAAUCUCCAAUUAUGCAAACAUUAUACUGCUUGCUCUCAAGAUCUAUGCCACAGUAAAGAGUGGUUCUUUAGCUAUUGCUGCAUCUACACUGGAUUCAUUGCUUGACCUCAUGGCUGGUGGCAUACUAUGGUUUACUCAUCUUUCAAUGAAAAAUAUUAAUGUCUAUAAAUAUCCUAUUGGAAAAUUGAGAGUGCAGCCUGUUGGAAUCAUCGUCUUUGCUGCUAUUAUGGCUACACUUGGUAUGUUAUCUGCUUUGACUUUGCAUUUGAAAUUCCAUUAUCGGGUUAGUGAAUACAUAGCGACUUUAGCUUACAGAAGACAUGGCCCUUGACAGGAGGAUAUGGAGGUCGAAGAUUAGGGUAGAAGGGUAAUAGGUCGUAGUGUGUUUUUCUAAUAUGUUCCAGGUUUAUUAGCGCGAGCUGACUAGUACAUUGUCUUCGAUUCUUAGAGUGCUAGUAUUAGGGUUGUUUUCAGUACUAUCUUCCGCUUCGGUUUUCUAGUACUUUGUCGUAAUACUGCUUGUUGCUAUUGCUUUCUUCCAUUUGUUUGUUUUCUCGGUUCAUACAUUGAUAGUAUCAUUUUCCUGGCCUUGUUGUUAUUACCUUAUUCCUAUUCUUCCUCUCGAGCCGGGAGUCUUUCGGAAAUAGCCUCUCUAUCCCUCAGGGUAGGGGUAAGGUCUGCGUAUACAUUACUCUCCUCAUACCCCACUUGUGGGAUUCCAUUGGGUUGUUGUUGUUGGGUUAGUGAAUACAUGUCAGUUUGGACAGGUGAGAGUGAGGCAUUGGAA